CCUCAGAAGGCCAUUCACUCAUUGCCAUGGAACUGAAGUGAGAAAAAAGGAUAAGGAAGGAGCCAAACUGUGAGAGCUCUAAACAAAAAUGAGCUUCACAUUCAACCUCCAUGUUCCCAAAGCUCUGCCUCCUCUUCCCUCUUCAUCACGUGGAACAACUUCUCUCUUCUUUUCUUCAAAGCAGAAAUCAUACCACAACAACACUAGUCCUUGCCAAUCACUACUUAUAACAUGCAGAAGCCACAAACCAAAUUAUGAUGAUACCAGCCUAAAGUAUACAAGUUUGGCACUGCAAGUAGGAGCACUCUUGGCCUUGGGUUCUUCUUUGGGCACCAUUUUUAAACUUCAGGAAAUUCCCUCGGGACACUUCCUUGCAGUACCCUUGGUCUGUACCUGAAGAUCCUUCAAAAAUUAGAAGUUCAUACGCAAAGUACCCAUAUGCCGAACCUGAAGAUUAUGAUAAUCUAUGAGAUCAAGACCAAAACACAACAAAUCAGAUGUUCUACAUAUGUGCAGUUCCCCAAAACUACAUUGUUGUGAAUGUAGAGUUAUACCUAUUUUUCUGCUUUUGAUUACAAAAUGAAUAUAUUGAAUGGGAUUCAGUUGCAAAAUUAAAGGUAUCCCUUCAAAUUUACACUUUCUAUGUGGAACAAUAUGGGAUUCCGUAAAAGAAUUCAACAACUUUUUUCACUAA